GUAUAUAAUAAGGGUGAAUGCUGAUUCUGUUCUGAACACGACUUGUCGGCAAAUAAAGUGUAAAAACGGAAUUCAGUUAACUCGUAUCGAAUGAUAGACGUGUUUUAUACCGAUCUGUUAAAGUGACACGCUAUCCUAAAUGAUUUAUACCGAUACAAUAUAUUUGUAAAGAAAUCUUCACUUGACUGUCUUUAUAACAUACUCAAUAUACAUGUAUACAGUUUAUCAAUGUUAUUUUCAAAAUUUAUAACUUAUCUUGAUAUGGAGUUAUCAGUAAAGUGAAGAUUAGGGUAAAAUCUUAGUUCAUACGAGUGUUGCAAUUUUUUGAUAAUAAAUUUAAAUACACUCUACACAUGUAAAUAAAACAUUCAAGUUUACAAAAACUGUCAAAAAUUUAGAAGUCUUGAUUUUGUAUGGAUAAGAAAACUUCGUUUGUUACUUGCCCGAGGGACGACAUGGACAUUUACAUGUUUAAGGAAACCGGGUUUUAAGGUUAUAAUUUCUUAUUAUACGUGAGUGUACACAUGGAUCAGACAUGGGUGGAAAACUUAAUAUCGACGAUAUUUUGUUCAUAACCAGAGCUGUUUCCGUUGCUUAUGGGUUGUCAGCCGUGGCAUGCACGGGGGCAGGGAUAUUUACACUAUGGUACGCCGCACCGGACAUUAAAUUCCCGUUCUCGUCUGCUUCCGGUGUUUGGACGGGAAUCUUUACGUUUGUAAUAUUUGUGCUGGGCAAUAAAACUGUGAAAGGGUACAAUAUAGACUACCCAUCUUCAUCAAAAAGAAAAGUCAUUGCAUUUUACACAUUUGUCAUCAUGGACAUCACGUUCGGAAUUCUCCAUGUGACUUUCUCCGCUCAAGGAUUCUCAUACUGUAACACCGAGAUGAGAAUUGGAGGACUAUAUUGUAACGCAGAGGAGCGACCUAGACUUCUACUUAUGGAGGGCUUCAAUAUUGCGUUUGGAGUAAUCAUAACAUUGUUGUCAGUGGCUGUGACCAUUUAUUUGUCUUUGAGAAGAAAGAUAAAUAUUUUGGCAGGAAUUCCGACGGAUUCACGUUCUGUUUCGGAUUAUGUAACACCAUGACCGCAUGUUACUAUAAAAUGGGAAUAGAAAUACUAUACCAUCUUUAAGGUUUUAAUCUGGCAACAAUGAAUGCUUUUUUAAAGCUGUUCGAAAUAAGUCGAGAAAAGUGCCAAAACUAUUGUUUACAAUUUUUGAAAUGUUUAGUCUUAAUUAAUGCUUUAUUGACCAUCUCUAGGAACCAAUGUUCGUGCACUGGUGAAAUAACUCAUUCUCAUUUUUUAAAUAGAAAUAUUACGUGUAUGUCUAAGCAAAGUUUGUUCUUCAGAUAUUCGCUGGCUGGAAUUAUGUCGGCAAACAAACACGUACACUGUUCUAGUUUGAAAAUCAUUCCAACAUCACAAUGUACAAUGUAAUACAGAACAUCAAUGCCUUUUUGUGGAGAUGAUAAAAAAAUACAUAUACAUACAGUACUUCACACAAAAAACUCGAAUGAGCUCAGAAAUUAUUAUGUAAACGGCAUUAAAACCUAAACUGAACUUUGAUCAAAUUCAAAGUUUGAAUAAAAACAGCACGGAGUUUUAUUCCAUCCAUGUUUAUCAAAGUUUUGAUCUGAGUUUUGUUUGACCGUUGAAACUGUUUAAAGCCCGAACGACACUCUCAAAUGAAGCCUUGAACAAUUUUAACAGUUUCGGUGGUCAAUGAAAACUUUGAUAAAAAAAAACUGUGAUAAACGUGGAUGGAAAAGAAUUUUUUUUUGUUUUGCUUUAUUAACUGAUGGACUUGGCUUGAUGGUGUACUGCAAUUUAAACAUAACACCGUUGUAAGACAUCAGUGACACAUGUACAUAUUCAGUUAGUCUAUAUAGUUAAACAGCUCUAUAAUAACAAAGUGAAAGAGCGUACGUGCCUCCUAUUGUUGUGUGGUUCACUUAUAAACGAGAUAAAUUUCAUGGCUACAGUGUUAUUAUGAACCUAAUUUAACUCAUUUGGGUCAUCCGUGUAAAGUUCCUGAAAAAAAUGUAUCAUGCUCUUCCUUUUCUCGGCUACAAUCAUUGUCUAGUCUUAUCUAUAUUUAUCUAUAUUGUCUAUUCUUAAAAGGUUCCAUAUUCGCCUUUGCACAGGCGGCAUAAAAAAGUAACAAUGUAAUGAUUUGUUGUGAUGAAGGCAUUAGCUCUGUUGGUGCCAUUUGUCUAUGAUGCUGAUACCUACCAAUUUCUUUGACAAACAAACAAAACUUUGAUAAUGCAAACAGAUAACAAUAAUAAAAUGUUUGAUAGUCAACGUAGAAAAUGCAAACAUGCUUUCAAAACUUUUCCAAAACUUUGUUGGAAAUUCUCUUGGUCAGAGACAAUCUUGAUUGUGUCCGCAGGAUUGUUUACAUCGGAUCAACGGAUUGAUUUUACUAAGUAUAGAACAGGGCCAAAUUCUAAAUAUAUCGAGGAAAAUCGCUGAAUACGUUGAUUACUUUUCACACUAAAUUCUCUGACCACCAAAAGGCAAAUGAGAAAGAGAAAGCAUAUUGUCUUAAAGAUGUAUUAUCAAUAAUGCCAUUGCAUUACAAAAUGUAUGGCAUAAUCACCUUUGACCAAGUUUUUCAACAUUAAGCCCUAGCUAUCUACUGACUAGGAAAUUUUAUCUAAUAUUUGAAUUAGAUUCUUUGUCAUGUGAAUAUUUGGGUAAUCAAAAGUGGUUAACAACACAGCAUAAAAUGUAUGUGUCGGCGUUUAAAGUAUUUAUAUAUUUCUUUUUAGUAUAAUAAUGCAGCCAUUAUAAUUUGUGACAAUCUGAAGCAAGUCCACUAAGGAAAAUGAAAAAAUAACAAUUCCAUUCUCAUUUCAACCGUUGAUUAACAUUACAUCCGAUUCUUUAAUUUCUAUGUUACAAAUACAAGUGUACUGAUACAUAUGUAUAUAUAUCUAAAUACAUUAACUUUUGGACCAUCCAGUCGCAAAGAAGUGGAACAGACCUAAAAUACACUAAUGCCUUCUACA